AUGGGCCGCAACGUCGAGAUCAAGGCGCGCCUGCCCGCCGACCGCGUCCGGGCCGUGCGCGAGCUGGCGCUGGAGCGAUCCACCUCCCCUCCAGAGUCGCUGCGCCAGACGGACACCUUCUACAACGUUCCCACGGCCUGGUGCCCCGUCCCGGAUCCUCGGUCGCUGAGCGAGGCCCUGGGCAGAAGCCUGGGUGUGCGCGGCGUUGUGGAAAAGCAGCGUGAGGUGAUCAUGGUGGGGCGCACGCGCGUGCACCUGGACGAGGUGGCGGGCCUGGGGACGUUCUUGGAGCUUGAGGUGCAGCUGGCGGAGGGGCAGAGUGCAGAGGAGGGGGAGGCCGUGGCCGCGGAGCUGAUGGCGCACUUCGGCGUGGGGCGGGGUUGCCUGGUUGAGGGCGCGUACAUCGACGCCAUCGAGGCCAAGUCCGGGGAAUGA